CUGACAGGCAGGUCCCUUUGCCCAGCACCUCUUGAAGGAGCAUUUCCUUGGAGAUGAGUGAAGCUGUUUUGCCUCCUUGUGGGAAAUUGCAGAGCCAGGAUGCUGAACUCUACUUUCCUCAUAACAGCCUGCCAGCCAUGGCUUGCACCCGGUGGGCUGUGACAGGAUAUUUUCUCUCCUGGUGAGCUGAAGUGAAGCAGAAGUCAUCCAACAUUUGAAGAUGAAUACCCGAAGCCCUGCAAGUCAAGCUAAAGGAUGGACAGCAGCACCGUAUGCCAAGGCUCUACUUCCAGGACUAUGAAAGGGUGCCAAGAUAUUCUGAUUUCAAUUACAUGAGUAUUGUACCCCCUGCUUCAAAGACUGCAAGCACAGAUUUGACUGUUUGUCCUUGCCAGUCAUUUCCAGGGGCAGGUUAGGAGAAGACAGGCUGGCACUGCUGCAGCUGAGCUGAUGGACUGACACAUUCUUGUUACCCAAGGUUAUGAGAUGAUUGCCUGGAUCCCAGGGUACGUGGUCAGCACAAGAGGAGAGUGAAACCCAGCAUGGAGUACACACGAAAAAUGGUCUCACAAACAACACACAAAUCAAGAACUACACACAUCUGGCAAGUGUGGGCCAUCUACAUUGUCUUAACUGCAAACCUCUCAGAAGAACAAACUCUGAAGCAAGCUUGUCCAUCAUGUGAUGCUACUCAGCUUUGUAACUGCUCUUCCAUGGGCUUGGACUUUAUUCCCCCAGGACUCACAGACAAAAUCACAGUGUUAAACCUGGCCCACAACAGGAUAAAACACAUCCAGUCCCAGGAUCUGCAGCAGGCUGUGAACCUGAGAGCCCUUCUGCUGCAGUCCAACAUCAUCAGCUCGAUAGAUGAGGACUCAUUUAGCUCCCUUGGGAAGCUGGAGCUCUUGGACUUAUCAAAUAACAGCUUGGCUCACUUGUCCCCUGUGUGGUUUGAGCACCUUUUUUCACUCCAGCACCUCCACCUUCAAGGGAACACCUACUGGGAGCUGGGGGAAAGCUCCCCCUUUUCUGGGCUGAGGAACCUGAGCUCUCUUCACCUGGGCAACCCAUGGUUCUCCACAAUAAGGCAAAGAAACUUUGAGGGCAUUGAAGUUCUCCAGAAGUUGUGGAUUGAGGGUGGCAAUCUCGGCCAGUAUGAGGCAGGAAGUUUGAGACCAAUUAAGAGGAUAAAUCACAUGAUCAUAAACCUAAGAAAUACCAAGGUAUUCUCAGCAAUUGUCACAGACCUUCUGUAUUCUGUCACUUGGUUAGAAGUGAGAGAAAUUAAAUUAGAGAUUGAAAAAAAGAGUUUUGUGCAAAACUCUACACUUCCUUUUAGACUACAGAAAUUUACAUUUAAAGAUGCUUUCUUCACAGAUCAAUAUGUUACCCGAGUACUAUUAUUAUUGAAGGAAAUCACAUCUUUGCAAGAAUUAGAGGCAAUCGAUUGUGUGCUUGAGGGGAAAGGAGCGUGGGAUACUACAGAAAUUAAAAGGAGUGGGGAAAGCUUUGUUGAAACAAUAUCAAUAAUCAAUAUAAUGAUUCCAAAUUUUCACUUGUUUUUUGACCUGGAAGGUAUGGAGUCACAAAUAAACAAACUGAAAAGUCUCACUAUCGCAAGCUCAAAAGUUUUCAUGGUACCAUGCAAUCUCGCUAAACAUUUUUCUUCACUUCUGUAUCUGGACUUUCAUGAUAAUUUGCUUGUGAAUAACCGUUUAGAUGAGACAAUCUGUAAAAAUGCUUGGCCUUCAUUGCAAACUCUAAAUCUAAGCCAAAACUCUCUAAAAUCUCUGAAACAGACUGCAAAUUCCAUAAAUCGUCUACACAAACUGAUUAGUCUUGACAUUAGCCAAAAUAACUUUGGUGAGAUUCCAGAUGUGUGUGCAUGGCCAAAAACGCUGAAACAUCUAAACCUCUCCAGCACACAGAUUCCCAAACUCACAACUUGCAUUCCCCAAACGCUGGAGGUUUUGGAUGCUAGUGCCAACAACCUGAGGGAGUUUGGGCUGCUCCUGCCAUUUCUCAGAGAGCUGUACCUUGCGAGAAACCAGCUGAAGACCUUGCCUGGUGCUGCACCUCUUCCUAACUUAGUGGCCAUGUCAGUCCGGAGAAACAACCUCAACGGCUUCUCCAAGGAAGAGUUUGAGUCCUUCAAGAAGAUGGAGCUGCUGGAUGCGAGCAACAACAACUUCAUCUGCUCCUGUGAAUUUCUCUCCUUCGUCAACCACCAGGCCAGGAUAGCCCAGGUGCUGGUGGGGUGGCCAGAGCAGUACCUCUGUGACUCUCCCUUGGCAGUGAGAGGGACACAGGUUGGUGCCGUGCAGCUCUCCCUGAUGGAGUGCCACAGGUCCCUGGUGGUGUCGCUGAUCUGCUCCCUGGUGUUCCUGGUGAUCCUCAUCCUCGUGGUCGUCGGCUACAAGUACCACGCGGUCUGGUACCUGAGGAUGACCUGGGCUUGGCUCCGAGCCAAGAGGAAGCCCAAGAGAGCCCCCGCCAAGGACAUCUGCUACGACGCUUUUGUCUCCUACAGCGAGAAUGACUCGGACUGGGUGGAAAACACCAUGGUGAGGGAGCUGGAGCAGGCCUGCCCUCCCUUUCGGCUCUGCCUCCACAAGAGGGACUUUGUGCCCGGGAAGUGGAUUGUGGACAACAUCAUCGACUCCAUCGAGAAGAGCCACAAAACUCUCUUUGUGCUCUCCGAGCACUUUGUGCAGAGCGAGUGGUGCAAAUACGAGCUGGACUUCUCACAUUUCCGCCUCUUUGACGAGAACAACGAUGCAGUGAUCCUGGUCCUGCUGGAGCCCAUCCAGAGCAAAGAGAUUCCCAAGAGGUUCUGCAAGCUGCGGAAGAUCAUGAACACAAAGACCUACCUGGAGUGGCCUCUUGAAGAAGAGCAGCAGAAGAUGUUUUGGGAAAACUUGAAAUAUGCCUUGAAGUCAGCAUCCAGGCGCUGGUGCUGGCAUCCCCAAAAACUUUUUCUGCCCAGAGGCAAAAUAAUGAGUAAAUACACGUGGCAAGUGUGGGCCAUCUACAUUGUCUUAACUGCAAACCUCUCAGAAGAACAAACUCUGAAGCAAGCUUGUCCAUCAUGUGAUGCUACUCAGCUUUGUAACUGCUCUUCCAUGGGCUUGGACUUUAUUCCCCCAGGACUCACAGACAAAAUCACAGUGUUAAACCUGGCCCACAACAGGAUAAAACACAUCCAGUCCCAGGAUCUGCAGCAGGCUGUGAACCUGAGAGCCCUUCUGCUGCAGUCCAACAUCAUCAGCUCGAUAGAUGAGGACUCAUUUAGCUCCCUUGGGAAGCUGGAGCUCUUGGACUUAUCAAAUAACAGCUUGGCUCACUUGUCCCCUGUGUGGUUUGAGCACCUUUUUUCACUCCAGCACCUCCACCUUCAAGGGAACACCUACUGGGAGCUGGGGGAAAGCUCCCCCUUUUCUGGGCUGAGGAACCUGAGCUCUCUUCACCUGGGCAACCCAUGGUUCUCCACAAUAAGGCAAAGAAACUUUGAGGGCAUUGAAGUUCUCCAGAAGUUGUGGAUUGAGGGUGGCAAUCUCGGCCAGUAUGAGGCAGGAAGUUUGAGACCAAUUAAGAGGAUAAAUCACAUGAUCAUAAACCUAAGAAAUACCAAGGUAUUCUCAGCAAUUGUCACAGACCUUCUGUAUUCUGUCACUUGGUUAGAAGCGAGAAACAUAGCAUUCAGUACACUUGAUGAAACAGAACUAUUGAGAGUCAUGUCAUCUGCUUUUGCAAAGAAAAUUUCUUUUAAUCAGGCCUUAUUAACAGAUGCUACUGUGCCUGAGAUUGUCAGCAUUUUAGAGGGCAUGCCAAAAUUAGUGGAGGUGGAGAUGAAAGACUGUAUACUUUUGGGAACUGGACGAUGGAAAAUGCAAAUUCAAACAAACCAAUCACGGACUGUUAGAGUGCUGACAAUAGACAAAUUAUCUAUAGACAAAUUUUAUUUGUUUACAGAUCUUUCUGCUGUGACAGGUCUACUGUCUUUUCUAACUAGAGUCACAGUUACAAACACUAAGGUCUUUUUGGUGCCGUGCAGCCUUUCAAAACAUCUGCAGGCAUUGAAGUAUCUUGACCUUAGUGAAAAUUUGCUUGGAGACCAGAGUUUGGAGCAUUCGGCCUGUCAGGGUGGUUGGCCCUCACUGCAAACUCUAAAUUUAAGCCAAAACUCACUCAGUGACUUAGAAAUGACAGGUAGAAGUUUGUCUCAUCUAAAAAACCUAAUUCUCUUAGAUAUAAGCAAAAAUAACUUUGGUGAGAUUCCAGAUGUGUGUGCAUGGCCAAAAACGCUGAAACAUCUAAACCUCUCCAGCACACAGAUUCCCAAACUCACAACUUGCAUUCCCCAAACGCUGGAGGUUUUGGAUGCUAGUGCCAACAACCUGAGGGAGUUUGGGCUGCUCCUGCCAUUUCUCAGAGAGCUGUACCUUGCGAGAAACCAGCUGAAGACCUUGCCUGGUGCUGCACCUCUUCCUAACUUAGUGGCCAUGUCAGUCCGGAGAAACAACCUCAACGGCUUCUCCAAGGAAGAGUUUGAGUCCUUCAAGAAGAUGGAGCUGCUGGAUGCGAGCAACAACAACUUCAUCUGCUCCUGUGAAUUUCUCUCCUUCGUCAACCACCAGGCCAGGAUAGCCCAGGUGCUGGUGGGGUGGCCAGAGCAGUACCUCUGUGACUCUCCCUUGGCAGUGAGAGGGGCACAGGUUGGUGCCGUGCAGCUCUCCCUGAUGGAGUGCCACAGGUCCCUGGUGGUGUCGCUGAUCUGCUCCCUGGUGUUCCUGGUGAUCCUCAUCCUCGUGGUCGUCGGCUACAAGUACCACGCGGUCUGGUACCUGAGGAUGACCUGGGCUUGGCUCCGAGCCAAGAGGAAGCCCAAGAGAGCCCCCGCCAAGGACAUCUGCUACGACGCUUUUGUCUCCUACAGCGAGAAUGACUCGGACUGGGUGGAAAACACCAUGGUGAGGGAGCUGGAGCAGGCCUGCCCUCCCUUUCGGCUCUGCCUCCACAAGAGGGACUUUGUGCCCGGGAAGUGGAUUGUGGACAACAUCAUCGACUCCAUCGAGAAGAGCCACAAAACUCUCUUUGUGCUCUCCGAGCACUUUGUGCAGAGCGAGUGGUGCAAAUACGAGCUGGACUUCUCACAUUUCCGCCUCUUUGACGAGAACAACGAUGCAGUGAUCCUGGUCCUGCUGGAGCCCAUCCAGAGCAAAGAGAUUCCCAAGAGGUUCUGCAAGCUGCGGAAGAUCAUGAACACAAAGACCUACCUGGAGUGGCCUCUUGAAGAAGAGCAGCAGGGGUUAUUUUGGUUUAAUUUGAAAGUAGCUCUAAAAUCCUAGGCAGGGACAUUGAAGAGUGAAUACAUAGCAAAUGUUGUCCGGAUUGGUUUCCCUUGCAUGUUCAUCCCAUCACUUACCUACAUCUUGAGGACAGAGAUCUGAGCUACUCCUGAUUCUAUUACUUGUUGUGAGAUAAUUUUCUUUUUGUAG